UAUGUCCAGCCCCCUUUUCCUUUCAUCGUCCAUGAGAUCAUAAUGCACCAUAAAAACACUGCAACCCAGCUAUUUACGAAGUGUUAGUUAUAAUCAAAGGAAGGAUUAUGGCUUCAGAAGCGAUGGAAUUGAAUGGAGAUGCUAACAGAAGUGAUUCAAGAGAGAUUCAGGAGAACCCAAAGGAAGAAAGGCAGCAGUCUGAUCGUCCUCGGCAGAACCACUGGUCAAGGAACACCCCAAUUAACAUGAACCACUAUGCCAAUAAGAAGAGUGCAGCAGAGAGCAUGCUGGAUAUCGCGCUGCUGAUGGCCAACGCCUCCCAGCUGAAGACCAUCCUGGAGCUGGGACCCACGUUCUCCUUCUACAUUCCUCUCAUCAGCCUCAUCAGCAUCUCCCUCAUCCUACAGAUCAUCGUGGGGGUCUUGCUUAUCUUCAUAGUGAAGUGGAAUCUGAAUGACACAAGUAAACACUACAUACUGAAUCUUCUGGAGAACAUCGUCACAGCUCUCGUCUUUGUCGUCGUAGUAGUAAAUGUUUUCAUCACAGCAUUUGGAGUCCAAAGACCAGAGGACACGAAAUCAUAACUGGCAACAUGAGUUUAGGAUUUCAUACAAUUAUACAUUUUUGGACAUUUACUAUCAAACAUCAAGCAAGUUGUCAUGACAUAUUCAAAUGUGCCUCGAUGUAAAUAUGCCUUAUGUUUUGCAGAAACUUUUUUUAGUCCCAAAAUGAGCUAAUAACAGCUUAAGUAAUAUAAAUGUAAUUUAAAAAACGCAACUACAUGUAAUUAUUUUAUGGGUAAUUGUUUAAUUACAUAAUUCACUUUGUUAAAAUGCAUCAAUUGUGAAAUUGGAUUGGAUAGCCUAUUCUAAUCGGAUCAUUACUGAGAUUGGAAAUAAUCAAGACAGAAACUAGUCACACAAUACCUUUCAAGCCCGAAAUGGAGAGUAGCACCUCACCUCACAUGGGACGUUCAUACUGCCUACCUGAUCACUGUAUCAGCUGUCUAUAUGGGGAAAAUAGACUCAUUUUACGUGUGGUUCAACACAAUGCAACUCUCUUGA